AUGCGGCCGGAAUUGCCUGCCACCUCUCACAAGCUACAUCAGUAUAACAAUAACAAGCUUCAUCCACAGUAUAACAAUAACAAGCUACAUCCACAAUACGACAAUAACAAGCUACAUCAACAGUAUAACAAUAACAAGCUUCAUCCACAGUACGACAAUAGCAAGCUACAUCAACGGUAUAACAAUAACAAGCUUCAUCCACAGUACGACAAUAGCAAGCUUCAUCAACAGUACGACAAUAGCAAGCUUCAUCAACAGUACGACAAUAGCAAGCUUCAUCCACAGUAUAACAAUAACGAAGUGCAUCCACAGUAUAACAAUAACGAAGUACAUCCACAGUAUAACAAUAGCAAGCUACAUCCACAGUAUAACAAUAGCAAGCUACAUACACAGUACGACAAUAGCAAAGUAUAUCCACAGUAUAACAAUAGCAAGCUACAUCAACAGUAUAACAAUAGCAAGCUACAUCAACAGUAUAACAAUAGCAAGCUACAUCAACAGUAUAACAAUAGCAAGCUACAUCCACAGUAUAACAAUAACGAAGUACAUCCACAGUAUAACAAUAGCAAGCUACAUCCACAGUAUAACAAUAGCAAGCUACAUACACAGUACGACAAUAGCAAAGUAUAUCCACAGUAUAACAAUAGCAAGCUACAUAAACAGUAUAACAAUAGCAAGCUACAUCAACAGUAUAACAAUAGCAAGCUACAUCAACAGUAUAACAAUAGCAAGCUUCAUCAACAGUAUAACAAUAACAAGCUUUAUCAACAGCAUAGCAAAAACAAAGUGCAUCCACAGUAUAACAAUAACGAAAACAAAGUACAUCCACAGUAUAACAAUAACAAAGUGCAUUCAAAGUAUAACAAUAACGAAUAUAACAAUAACAAGCUACAUCCACAGUAUAACAAUAACGAAGUGCAUCCACAGUAUAACAAUAACAAGCUUCAUCCACAGUACGACAAUAGCAAGCUUCAUCAACAGUACGACAAAAGCAAGCUUCAUCAACAGUACGACAAUAGCAAGCUUCAUCCACAGUACGACAAAAACAAGCUUCAUCCACAGUACGACAAUAGCAAGCUUCAUCCACAGUACGACAAUAACAAGCUUCAUCAACAGUACGACAAUAGCAAGCUUCAUCAACAGUACGACAAUAGCAAGCUUCAUCCACAGUAUAACAAUAACGAAGUGCAUCCACAGUAUAACAAUAACAAGCUUCAUCAACAGUACGACAAUAGCAAGCUUCAUCCACAGUACGACAAUAGCAAGCUUCAUCCACAGUACGACAAUAGCAAGCUUCAUCCACAGUAUAACAAUAACGAAGUGCAUCCACAGUAUAACAAUAGCAAGCUUCAUCCACAGUACGACAAUAGCAAGCUUCAUCCACAGUACGACAAUAGCAAGCUUCAUCCACAGUACGACAAUAGCAAGCUUCAUCAACAGUACGACAAUAGCAAGCUUCAUCAACAGUACGACAAUAGCAAGCUUCAUCCACAGUAUAACAAUAACAAGCUUCAUCCACAGUACGACAAUAGCAAGCUUCAUCCACAGUAUAACAAUAACGAAGUGCAUCCACAGUAUAACAAUAACGAAGUACAUCCACAGUAUAACAAUAGCAAGCUACAUCCACAGUAUAACAAUAGCAAGCUACAUACACAGUACGACAAUAGCAAAGUAUAUCCACAGUAUAACAAUAGCAAGCUACAUCAACAGUAUAACAAUAGCAAGCUACAUCAACAGUAUAACAAUAGCAAGCUACAUCAACAGUAUAACAAUAGCAAGCUACAUCAACAGUAUAACAAUAGCAAGCUACAUCAACAUAUAACAAUAACAAGCUUCAUCCAGAGUAAUAGCAAUAGCAAGCAACAUCAACAGUAUAACAUUGACAAGCUUCAUCCACAGUAUAACAAUAACAAAGUACAUCCAAAGUAUAACAAUAGCAAGCUACAUCAACAGUAUAACAAUAACAAAUACGACAAUAACAAAGUACAUCCAAAGUAUAACAAUAACAAAGUGCAUCUACAGUAUAACAGUAACGAAGUACAUCCACAGUAUAACAAUAACAAGCUUCAUCCACAGUACGACAAUAGCAAGCUACAUCAACAGUAUAACAAUAACAAAGUGCAUCCACAGUAUAACAAUAACGAAUGGACCAUUAAGGAGUUGCCACACAUGUCAACGUUACUAAGCCCCAGCGACCCGAGGGUGGUUGUUAACAAUGAAUUACUAAAUAUUAAAAAGGAGAUGCUCGAUAAAUCCGACCUAUCCAACUACUCUGAACUUGACAGAUCUGAUGGCGAAUGGUCGCAAGCCCCACUGCCGCAGCAGUUCUUCGAGGAGCUAGACGAUAAAUUGCUUGAACUGCCGAGGGUAACUUUCAUCAAGGACAUCCUUGAAGUCUGCCACGGUGAUUAUACAUGA